UGCACAUUGUUUUCGCAAAAGAGUCUGAGGUCUCAAGUUAUGCGUUUCUGGCUGAUUGUAAUGAUAUGCACAAAGCCUUUCUAAAGUUUCUACCAUUUGUUGUUACUACUGACUUUAAGAGGAUUAGACUAACAGCUUUUUUUAAGUUGGUGCUUUGAAAUGUCUAAAUCACCAAUACCAACAGUGAAAGGACAAAUAUUUGAGUUAGGACCAAGGUUUAACAACGUUCAGUAUGUUGGUGAAGGUGCGUAUGGGAUCGUUGUAUCGGCGUUUGAUUGUCAGCGUAAUGAAAAAGUGGCUCUGAAGAAAGUUUCCCCAUUUGAACACCAGACAUACAGUCAAAGAACGUACAGGGAAAUCUGGAUACUUAGUAGAAUGGACCAUGAAAACGUUGUAAAAAUCCAUGAUAUUAUAACGUCAAACACAUUUGAAGAGAUGAAAGAUAUCUAUAUUGUUGAAUGUUUCAUGGAAACUGACCUGUGUCGCUUACUAAAGACACAGAAAUUAAGCAAUGAUCAUAUUUGCUACUUUUUAUAUCAAAUGCUUAGAGGCCUCAAGUACAUACAUUCUGCAAAUGUUCUUCAUAGGGAUCUUAAGCCAUGCAACAUCUUGUUGAAUGCAGCGUGUGACUUAAGAAUCUGUGAUUUUGGUUUAGCUCGUAUAGCUGAUCCAGAAUCAGAACAAUCGGGUACAUUAACAGAGUAUGUGGCUACACGUUGGUAUCGUGCACCAGAAAUAAUGCUUACAUCGAAAUUAUAUACUAAAGCAAUUGAUAUUUGGUCAAUUGGUUGUAUUAUGGCUGAAAUGCUUAGUAAUCGUGUUCUAUUCCCUGGAAAACAUUAUAUUGAUCAAUUAAACUUGAUAUUACAAGUUUUAGGUUCACCAUCAAAAGAAGACUUUGAAACAAUUGUAAAUCUUAAAGCUCGUGCCUAUUUAGAAUCAUUGCCACAUCGUACAAAAGUACCAUGGAAACAAUUAUAUCCAUACGCUAGUGAAUCAGCGCUGGAUUUAUUGGACAAAUUACUAUGCUUUGUUCCAUCACGACGUAUAACAGUUGAAGAUGCCUUAGCUCAUCCAUAUUUAGAACAGUACUAUGAUCCAACAGAUGAACCUGUCUUUGAACGUCCAUUUGUUCAACAACCAGAUAAUUUUCCUAAAGAAAAACUAAAAAUUCUUAUAUGGGAAGAAAUUCAACGAUAUCGUAAUAAUAAAACUAUCAAUGAUCUAGUUUAUAUUAAUAAUACAAAAGUUGAACAUAUAGAUCAUCAAUCAGAUAAUUUAGUUUCAGAUGGUACAAUAACAUCAGGAAUUAUACCAGUCAAUCAACAACAACCCCAACCUUAAUCUUAAUUCCAAAUUCCAAUCCACUAUCAUAAUACAUUGAAUAGAUCAUGGUAAAUGAAUUGAUUCAAUUAUUUCUCAUUCAAUCAUUGAAUGGAUGUUUAUAUUUCAAUUUAUCAAUUGUGUGUAUGUGUUUGUCCUUUUAUUUUUCUUUUGUUUAAGAAUAAGAUUCUUUUCUCUUGUUUUCUUUUUUUAAUCUCCAAGCCUACUAUAUACAUUUUGUCUACAAACUGCCUAUCUUGUAAAUGCCUAUUUAUGUACUUGUGUACGUGUGUGUGUGUGUAUGUGAAAAGCAUUUAACUUUGGACUAUAGUCAUUAAUAUAGAAUAUGAUAUUUUAAUGGUAAGUUCAAUGUGAACAUUUUAUUAUUGAUGAGGAUAACCAUGACGACGACCAUAAUGAUGAUGAUGACGUAAUCAUGUCAAUUGUUACGUAACUAAUUGAAUUGUUACUUUUCUUUUUUGUCUUUCUCUCUUCAUUAUAUCCAUCGAUAUACAUGUUGUAUUGUGUCGUUUAUUUCAAAAGGAUUACAAUAUUUGUGAAUGUACUUCUCUAAGGUGAAUAUGAUGGAUUGACAAAGAUCUUGCCCAAAAAAAAAGAAACGAACAAUGUGUAAAGUAUAGUUUUAUGUAAAGAUAUUUUUGCCCUUCUGUUUAUACUACUUAUAACCAAUCAGUUUUUUUUGUAAUGAAGAAAAAAUGCACAGAAUGUUUAUCAUUUCUCUUUGUGUUUUCAUGGAAUCAUUUCUCUAUUUGUUGUCAUGGUAACAGUUAUCAAAUAAAAUUCGACGUUAUCCCCCCCUUUAUUGAUUUUCUUCUGAAUGUUAAUUCAUUUUUUAAACAAAAAAAAUCAUUUAUAUCAAUCAUAUGUUAUCUUAGUUAUUCCCAUUUUACUAUCAUGAAUAUUAUCUGUUAUGUAAUAUGUGAAUGUUAUGCAAGAUUUAACCUUUUUUUAUAAGUAACUCUUAAUCAUUUGUUUUAUCUCUAUCCAUUCAAUAUCACCCUUAUUAUUCAGUGAGAUGAUAAUUUAUGAAUGAUCUUUGACCGAUUACUAAAGUUGAUCUUGGGAAUAUUCACCUAGUUACUAGAGUGAUAAUUGAUUUUUGGAUUUAGG